AUGGCCUCAAAUUUCACUGAUUCUCAACUGAAAUGGAUGUUUCUCAUCGAUGAUUUGAACAUGGAUUCAAAUCUUAUUGUGUGUUCGCCGCCCUCUUUUCUAAUGGUUGCUGCAAAGAGGAUCAUAAGCUUCUUCAGCUAUACAGACACCCCACACACCGUGGACACCCCUUACCCUGCUGAAGCCGCCUACCCUGCCCACGCCGCCUACUCCGCCGACGCCGCCAACUCCGCCUACGCCGCCAACUCCGCCAACUCCGCCUACGCCGCCAACUCCGCUACUCCGCCAACUCCGCCUACUCCGCCAACUCCGCCUACUCCGCCUACGCCGCCAACUCCGCCUACUCCUCCUACACCGCCAACGACGCCUACGCCCCACCUAUACAGACACCCCACACACCCGUGGACACCCCUUACCCUGCUGAAGCCGCCUACCCUGCCCACGCCGCCUACUCCGCCGACGCCGCCAACUCCGCCUACGCCGCCCACUCCGCCAACUCCGCCUACGCCGCCAACUCCGCCUACUCCGCCAACUCCGCCAACUCCGCCUACUCCGCCUACGCCGCCAACUCCGCCUACUCCUCCUACACCGCCAACGACGCCUACGCCCCACGCACCCCACGCACCCCACGCGCCCCACGCGCCUCACGCACCCCACGCACCCCACGCACCCCACGCACCCCACGCCCCCCACGCACCCCCCGCCCCCCACGCACCCCACGCACCCCACGCACCCCACGCACCCCAUGCACCCCAUACUCCGUGGAGACCCCGUACCCUGCCUAAGCCACCUACCCUGCCGACGCCGCCUACUCCGCCUACGCCUCCUACGCCCCCUACGCCGCCAACUCCCCCUACGCCGCCUACACCCCCUACGCCGCCUACACCCCCUACGCCGCCUACUCCCCCUACGCCGCCUACUCCCCCUACGCCGCCUACUAAUGUUAACUAA